GCGGGGGGACUGAAUGCACUGUGCACAUUGUGCGGAGCCUGGCUCGAGCAGGGCCGGGCAGUAGCGCGAAAGCAAGCAACAAGAGCUGAGAUAGUUGUUCGUUUGUCCGCCCCCCCUCGUGGAGAGGAGGCGAGAAUUGGCAGGUCCAUGCGUGGGGAGGUUAGUACCACCACCUGCAGUGGAGUCAGCCCCGCAGGCGACAAGAGGGCCCCCUCAUAUUGACGAGAGCUGUACAGCCGGAGCUCCUCAACUCAGUCCGAACGCCUUCGCUCAAUUGCCGCACGAUCGAUCGAGUUGGGAGCGACGGAGAGAGAGACGGAGAGACAGUCUCCGAGAGAGAGCGGGAGAGCGGGCGGUUGGAUGAAAUUCCGAAGGAGUGAUGGAGUUCGGUAAUGUGAACACCGGGUAGAGAGUGUCUGUUACAGUGCGGAGUGUUUGAAGGGGCCGAUCGAUCACUGCAGUGGUUGAUUAUUUACUGUUGUUCCCUGGAAUCCGCGAGUGGCGCUGUAGCUUGUUUUGGGGAUCGAGCGAGCGAGCGAGAGAGGGCGAGGGGAGAAAGAGUUUUAAGAGGAGCGCGAGUCGAUUAGCUCAGAGGCCAAUUCUGUUGAAACAGAGGAGAAAGAACGAAAGAGAAGAAGGAAUGGCUCUCGUGGCAGCAACUCCCCUGCAUUCUCCCGUCGUGUCGGUCUCAUGCAGACAACUGGAAGGCAGAACUUUGAAGACCUCGUUUUUGCAACCCCGUGCAGUCGUUCCCUUCUCUAUCAGGUCAUGGAAUCUCUCUGCGCCAGCAGAUCGCCUCAGAGGCGACAGCAGGAGAUCGAGGAGGACGAACAGGAAUUUGACGGCGAUUCGAAGCCAGGAUGGCAAGGCCGGCUUGGAAAGCCAAGAUGAUUUCCCUGAUAUGUCCACGGAGGAAUUUAACAGAAGAUUCACCCUCCCUCAUCUCAACGAUCUGUUCAAUGUGCAGCCCAUGCGCUCCACCUUCUGUACCAAGAGCAGCUGCCCUCUCCCUUCGGAGACGAACAAUUCCAGUAGUCGUUGGGAGGAUCUACGAAAAGUGUUCGUUCACGAUGAUGAUCGUGUUCUUCUGAAGACUAUCAAAUAUGCUAAUCCCACAUCUUCUGGAGCCGAGUGUUUCGACGAAGACUGCAAUUUCCAUCAUCAAUGGGUGCCGCGAGCUGGUCCGAGAUCCAAAAUCUACUUCGACCCUAGUGAAGUCAAGGCCGCAAUUGUUACUUGUGGAGGCCUCUGCCCAGGUCUCAACGAUGUGAUACGGCAGAUUGUGUUGACUCUCGAUGUUUACGGAGUGAAGAGGAUGUUGGGUAUCACCUACGGUUAUCGUGGAUUUUUCGAAGAAUCACUCGAGCCGAUUGUUUUGACAAGACAUUUAGUUCAAAAUAUUCAUUUAGCUGGAGGAAGUCUCCUUGGAGUAUCCCGCGGAGGUGCCAAAACAUCCGAUAUUGUUGAUACGUUGCAGGAGAAGGGUAUCAACAUGCUUUUUGUGUUGGGCGGUAACGGCACUCAUGCGGGUGCCAAUGCCAUCCAUGAAGAGGCUCGAAGGAGGCGGAUGAAGUUAGCUGUUGUUGGGGUACCAAAAACCAUUGAUAAUGACAUUUUGCUCAUGGAUAAAACUUUCGGUUUCGACACUGCCGUAGAGGAAGCCCAGAGGGCAAUCAACACUGCUUAUAUCGAGGCCAACAGUGCUUACAACGGCAUUGGAAUUGUGAAACUCAUGGGCAGACAGAGUGGAUUCAUCGCUAUGCACGCGUCUCUUGCAAGUGGUCAAGUUGACGUGUGCUUGAUUCCUGAGGUCCCAUUCGCUUUGGACGGAGGGCACGGAGUUUUGCAACACAUUCAACACCUGAUCGAAGAAAGGGGAAAGGCUGUAAUCUGUGUUGCUGAAGGAGCUGGACAGGAUCUUCUACCUACGAAUAACGGCACUGACCCAUCAGGGAAUCCAAUCCUAGGAGAUAUUGGAACUCACCUUCAGCGAGAGAUUAAAAAAUACUUCAAGGCGGCUAGCAUCACAGUGGAUAUCAAGUAUAUUGAUCCAACUUACAUGAUCAGAGCCUGCCGUGCCAACGCUUCCGACGGAAUUCUCUGUGCCGUUCUUGGCCAGAACGCUGUUCAUGGAGCUUUCGCCGGGUACAGUGGAAUCACAGUCGGAAUUGCCAACAAUCACUACGUAUAUCUCCCCAUCCCUGAGGUUAUAUCGCACGCGAGAAACGUUGACCCUGACAGCCGCAUGUGGCAUCGUUGUCUGACUUCCACCGGCCAACCUGAUUUCAUUGCCAACUCAUCUUAGGCAUCCUCAAUUCGAAGAGCGGCCUCUGCAAGCCCCUCUCUCUUCUGUAUUUUGUGCUGUCAACAGUCUUUCUUAUCUUGUUCUAUGAGAGUAUACAUAUCGAAGAAAAAAAAAGUUUCCCAUGUGGAGAUAACUCUCACCUGGAAUAGUAGAGUUUCGAAUUCCUGGGUUCCUGACGGUCAGAACUCCGCAAAUCCCAUUCCCUCUCAGCUUAUCUUACUUUCUCCUCACUUGAAAGCCGCGGACAGUUUGAUAGGGCAGCUGGAAAGACUUCAAGGAGAGCCACCAGCGCCGCAAGAAGAGUUUUGCUUCCUUACACUAAUCUCUGGCAGGGAAAGGGGCAUCCUUCGAAUUGAAGGAAAGAGGCCGUAGAAGUAGUGCUGCGGAACAUUGUGCCAAUUUUGAGAGUGCACCCACACAUAUCAGCCUUCUGCUCGAUCAUCAGCGCCCAGAUAGUAUACACGACCCAACUUAGCUAGCUAAAGUACACAGAUGCCAUCUUUCCAGAGCCAAGACGGAGCUUCUUCUGGCCGGAUAACAAAGCGUCUGUCACCGUCAGAAACCUGAAAUUGGGCUCGCUUUAUUGGGAGCAUCGUCGAGUCGAGAUCCACCAUCAACAACACAUUUCAGCUACAUCUACGUACCUUUGGUCUCUCCUAAUAUAGAUAUAUGGCGUAGGGUUGUGGUUUGCACUGUCUGAGGUAGACUUUGUGUUUCAUAUGGGACCUAUCUAUAGUCAAAAAGUUCAAGCUUUAGCUUGUGAACGCAGUGGACAUUUCGACCGUACUGAUGGUAAACUUUCUCUCUUGUGAGUAUGGUGACUGCCUACUUCAUAUCCGUCUUCUGUAGAGAUUAGCAUAGCAGACCCUUGUAAUGUGACUUUGUAGCCAUACGGUGGAUAACUCACGGAUAUACUCAAGUUUCCUGAGCCUCUCUUCAACCAUAGUCCUUCCAGUUAGACUUUUCUCUGUCCUCAAAUUUCUAAGAGGGAAAGUCCCUACCGUUGUAUCAUACUCCUAUCAAAUAUUUUUGACAGGGGGGAAUAAAUUUCUGGCUCGCUGAGGUAAUGUCAGCAGAUUAUCAUUUCUC